CAAAUCACCGCGAUGGCAUCCAAAGGCAUAGGCAAGUGCACCGAGGUGCUCGUAAAGCGCAUCGCCGGCCUGCGACCAGCGCAGGCGGCGGGCCUGGGAUCCGCGCUGGCGGCCCUGAUGGUCACGUUGCGCAUGGUCCGCCCGUUCCUCCCCGGCCUCCCCCGCAACUUCUUCAGGUACUACGUCGGCCGCCUCAUCAAGCGCUACCUGCGCCGGGCCCUGGGCUUCCUCGACCCCUGCCUCACCGUCAACAUCGGCGAGUACUCCGCCGCCGGCGACCGCAUGAGGCACAGCCAGGUGUACGACCAGGCCAAGGCUUACCUCAGCGCCCGCUGCUCCGGCCAGGCGCGGUCGCUCUGGGCCGAUCUCGCCUCGCACGGCAGCCACGCCUUCGUCCUCAGCAUGAGCAGCCGCGAGGAGGUCGCCGACGAGUUCCGCGGCGCCACGGUGUGGUGGCAGCACUUCAAUCCCGGUGGCGGCGCGUGGGAGUUCUACCAGCUCGUCUUCCACGAGCGCCACCGCGACCUCGUCGUCCAGUCUUACCUCCCCCACGUCUGCCGCGAGGGCAAGGCUGUCAUGGACCGCAACCGUCGCCGCCGGCUCUUCACCAAUUACACCGGCGACCGGCAGAUAGCGUCGUGGACCUACGUCAUGUUCGAGCACCCGUCGACAUUCGAGACGCUGGCCAUGGACCCGGCGAAGAAGCGGAGCAUCAUGGACGACCUGGACGCGUUCCGGGACGGGAAGGAGUACUACACGCGCAUCGGCAAGGCAUGGAAGCGGGGGUACCUCCUCUACGGCCCGCCGGGCACGGGCAAGUCCACCAUGAUCGCCGCCAUGGCCAACUACCUCGACUAUGACAUCUAUGACAUCGAGCUCACGUCCGUGGCUACCAACAUCGAGCUCCGGCAUCUUCUCAUCCAGACGUCGGGCAAGUCCAUCAUCGUCGUCGAGGACAUCGACUGCUCGGCCGACCUGACCGGCAAGCGGAAGAAGCCCCCGACCAUGGCGCCCGCCAACAGCCCGCCGACCCAGACGCUCGCCAACAGCCCACCGACCGACCAGAAGAAGGUCACGACUCUCACGCUCUCCGGCCUGCUCAACGCCGUGGACGGGCUGUGGUCGGCGUGCGAGGGCGAGCGGAUCAUCAUCUUCACCACCAACUACGUGGAGGAGCUGGACCCGGCGCUGAUCCGGCACGGCCGGAUGGACAGGCACAUCGAGAUGUCCUACUGCUGCUUCGAGGCCUUCAAGUUCCUCGCCAAGAACUACCUCGGCGUCGACGACCACCCUCUGUUCGAAGCCGUCAAGGAGCUGCUCCAGGCGGCCAAGAUCACCACCGCCGACGUCGCCGAGCACCUGAUGCGCAAGUGCGCAGACGACAACGCUGACUCCUGCCUCGCCAACCUGCUGAAAGCGCUGGCCCUGAAGGGCGAGGCGGUUCUGGGAAACUAGUACAGCCAGCUUAAUCAAUCAGUGUGAUAGCGGUAACAUCAGUUUAAUUCAUCUGCGGUAGACAUUUUAGUUGUUCAAAUUGGUACUGUGGAUCCUUCGUUACCUCUUGCUAGCUACUGAUGCCGGAAUCGCGUUAGACAUGGAUGAUGCAGAACAGUCCAAUUUUGUCAGUUUGUUAGGUCUUGUUCCUCAUUCUGGAAUUGCGCUUUAGAACUUGGAAAUGCGUAGUGAGAAGUUUUCCUUUUGCUGGAUGCAAGAAUGAUGGUUGAAUUUUAA